AUGGGGAACUGUACCUCCUCCGAUUCAACUCGCGUUGCAACGGCGAAGCUUAUUCUACAAGACGGAAGGUUACGAGAGUUUUCUUAUCCUGUCAAGGUUUCUUACCUCUUACAGGAGCAUCCGUCGUGUUUUAUAUGUAACUCCGACGAAAUGGAUUUCGACGAUGUUGUCACUGCCGUCGAUGAAAACCAAGUGUUGCAACUAGGACAGCUUUAUUUCGCUCUUCCGUUGAGUUGGUUGAGGCAACCGUUGCAGGCUCAAGAGAUGGCUGCAUUGGCCGUUAAAGCGAGUUCCGCUCUCAUGAAAAGUGGCGCUUCCUAUAAAUGCGGUUGUGGCGGGAAACAGAUUCUGUUCUCCGGUGAGUGUGACGCUAAGCGUGUUUCACCGGCUAGCGUUUCUGGCGGUGGUACUGUACAGAGAUCGAGAAGAGGAAGAAAUACAAGAAGCGGUAGUGCCGGUGUUGAGAAGUUUGCGGCGUUGUUGAGUUCGAUUCCGGAGUAG